UUUUGACACGUCGUAAUUUUUUCUAUUUUGAACUUUGGCAUAUGCCAAAUUUAUGAUAUUAAAACUCGUGAACAGAGCUCUUCAAAAUUAUAACGUACGAAAAGUUAUACUAAGAACAAUGGCAGUAGAAACAAGUACAGCCAGGGCGAUGUAUCCAGAGAUUGAACCUUAUGACACAGGGAUGCUGAAGGUUUCUGACAUACAUCAAGUCUAUUAUGAACAGUCUGGCAACAAAACUGGAAACCCUGUCAUCUUCCUACAUGGUGGUCCAGGAGGAGGUACAUCACCUAGAGACAGGACAUUUUUUGACCCAGAGGCUUACAGAAUUGUACUUAUGGACCAGAGAGGGGCAGGAAAAUCUACACCACCAGCAGAACUCAGGGAGAACACUACAUGGGACUUGGUAGCUGAUAUAGAGAAGCUAAGAGAAAAGCUUGGUAUAGAGAAGUGGGUGGUAUUUGGAGGUAGCUGGGGCUCUACUCUUUCUCUGGCUUAUGCUGAGACGCACCCUAAGAGAGUGAAAGCUCUUGUCUUACGCGGAAUCUUUACACUCAGAAGAAGUGAAGUUUUAUGGUUCAAUCAAGAAGGGGCAAACUUCAUUUUGCCAGAUAUUUUCGAAGAGUACAUAAAACCAAUUCCGCAGGUAGAAAGAUGUGAUCUUAUUGGAGCAUUUUAUCGGCGACUGACAAGUGGUGACGAGAAAGUUCAGCUAGAAUGUGCGAAAGCUUGGAGUAAGUGGGAGAUGGCUACAUCAAGAUUGUACCUAGACCCACAGUAUAUGGCCAGAGCUGAAGCUGAUACCUGGGCCCUACAGUUUGCUAGAAUUGAGUGUCAUUAUUUUGUGAACGGAGGGUUCUUUGAGGAGGAUGACCAACUGUUAGCAAAUGUAGAUAAAAUACGACACAUUCCUACAACUAUUGUCCAGGGAAGAUAUGAUCUAGUUUGUCCCAUGGAUACAGCAUGGAAACUGCAUAAGGCAUUUCCAGAAGCUGAUUUUCAUAUUGUCCCAGAUGCUGGACACAGUAACAAGGAGCCCGGCACACAGUCAAAACUUCUUGAUGCCUGUGAUAAAUACAAAAAUCUGUGAUAACAUUUUUGAUAAAUGUGCAGAAGUGAAAUGGUACAUUAUGCUCAUGUGCAUCAUUUACUAUAUGUUGUUUAUUUAAACUUAAAAUUAAGAAAAAUAUUUGUUUUAAAGUAAAUUAGGUUUUGAAAUUGCACACACUAAAUACAUGAAUAGCUAAACACAGUAUAGAUGUGUACUACCACUAAAAAACUGGCAGUUUUAUAAGCAGUCUAUUUUUAGUGCAUGACAUUUAAUUAUAAGUGUAGCUGUGCAGGCACAAUUAAUUUAUGUAUUUAGUAAAGUUGAAUACAUUUUUUAAGGAUUUUUAACAUUUGAAAUUAAUACCUAAAGAUGAAAUAUUUAAGUGAAAGAUGGGUAUUAGAUAUCUUUAAGUACUCAUUACUUUUCGUUCAUAGUUACACGUAAGUUCAGUGGAAAUAGAUUUUUUUCCUGUUUCAACAUUUGGAAAAGAUUAGUUUAAGGUGUCCUUUCACUUGCUGUUGAUUAGCAUAUUGUCUGAUAUCACUCUGUUCAAAAAGCAUACUCUUGUUUUUGAUGCCUUAUUUACUAUACUGGUGUACACCAGUUAUAUUGCAAGGACCAUAACAUAAUAUACAUGUAUAAAACAUUCACUAGUGUAUUAUUUAUAGAGAAAUGUAUACAUAGAUAUUUAUAUACUCAAUAUAAUUUUAAAAUACACUAGCCUAAUAAAUAUUUUACAUCAUUAUA